UUUUGAAUGAAAGAUGAAAAAAAGAAAACGUGAGCCAAAUAUGGAAUCGCAAUACCAAGUCAGARAUCUAGAGAGACGAAGUGUCUGGUAUCCGACUUGACACGCGACAGAUACAGUGAUAAUUGCCGAAAGAAUAUUGCCUUUAUAUUCGGCCACAGACUGACUUGAUACUUGCGGCCAUUGGUUAUCUGGAAGAUUUCAUAUCGACUAUGAUCUAAAGGUAACGUUAUAGGAUUGGUAUUUCAAGAAAAAGUUACCGCAGUGGUCGGAGUUAUCGCCAGUUCCAGAUAUCGAGAAAGAAGCUUCGAAAGGCGAAGCGGCAAAUCUCAAGUCUCAAAACAUUAGUAACUAGCUACAAGUAGUUAUUGCGUUGGUCUGCUGACAGUUUGCACCAUCCAAGUUUCUAGGUUGGGUCGUCAAGAGAAGGUCCGUUUGCUGAAUCCUGGUCAGGAGAGAGUCAACCAUUCAUAGUGCCAAAGCCAUUCGGUCCGAAUCAUGAAGUUUGUUGUUUGCUGUUUCAUCCUMUUCAAGAUCUUCAUUGGUGUAGCUUCGUUUCAGUGGAGAGGGAUUGGGGGAGGCCGCUGGACGCAAUGGAGUAAAUGGACGUCAUGCAGUAGAUCGUGCGGUGGAGGAACUAUAACUCGAAGACGGACAUGUGAAGAUCCCGUYAGUAAUCGUAAUUAUCCACAAUUUAUACUAAAAAUAUACAGACAGCACAAUCAAGGUAGCUGCCGAGGACCUGAUGUAGAAUACAGUACCUGUAAUCUCCAGGUAUGUUAAGCUUCUAAAUAAGUAACAAAAAAUGAUGCUAUUACGUCAAGGGCUCGUCAGUGUGCKAAAUUCAACGGGACGUCAUUUAAUGGGUACUAUUUUGACUGGGCACCAUAUCUUAGAGUUGCAGAUAGUAAAGAAUGUGAGCUGAAUUGUUUAGCAAAAGGACAUCGAUUCUUUCUAAGAUUACUGCCUAAAGUAGAAGAUGGAACACCKUGCUUGUCAGAUCUAAAAAAGAUAUGUAUCGAUGGAAAAUGUCAGGAUCCGCCCAAYGGUUGUGAAAACGGYAAAUGCUUCAUUUCKCCCGCMAGUAGACCAAAACAAAAGAUUUUUGGAUUAUUUACUUYGAAACAGUCGUCAGGAAAAUUAGUGCUUGGAUACAACGCAGUAAUAACGAUCCCCAAAGGAUCAACAAAUAUUAACAUCACUGAAAUGGAAAAAAGUAAAAACUAUUUAGCAUURAAGGCUCAUAACAAGGAYAAGUAYUAUCUGAAYGGUAAUUGGGUGAUUGACCUACCACGUGGUUAUAGGAUAGCAGGGGCAAGGUUCUACUACAAAAGACCAAAGCGAAAUCAGAAAUUCAACGAAGCGAUUGUGUCGGAUGGACCGACUAAAGAGGCUCUGGACGUCAUGAUAAUAUACCAAGGGGAUGAWCCCAAUAUAAUGUUCUCAUACUACCUACCAGUGGAUUUCCCCAAGGAYCGGUCACGUGUUCCCCUGCCAGCCCAGCCCAAUCAUCAUAGACAAACCAACCAUCGAGGUCGACCCAAUGGGAACAGACAAACACAAGGCCUGGAAAGACGACCAGAUCAAGGUAUUGCGCCUCUUCCUGGACCACCACCUGAACCUGAAAGUCAAUGGAAAUUAGCUGGGUUUACUCGCUGUUCAAAGUCUUGUGCUGGAGGAGAGCAAGCGACAAUUUACCAUUGCGUACGAAUAGCGUCCAACACCCGUGUCCAAGAAUCGUUCUGCAACCAGGCAUCGAAGCCUGCACCACGUCAAAGAGUCUGUAAUCUACAACCAUGCCCUCCAAGGUGGUUACCUGGUGAGUGGCUAAAGUGUUCCAAAACAUGUGCUGAUGGGAUCCAAAUUCGUAAUCUGCGUUGCAAACAGUUGGUAGAUGAGAACGGAGAACAAAAAGACAAGAUGCUGCCUAUAAAAUCAUGYCCACAGUGGUCUCGACCACAAGUUACCAGGCCCUGUAAGAAUGCUCCUUGUCCAAUACCGACCAAGUGGAAAUCGGAAGACUGGGAAAAGUGUUCUGUGACUUGUGGUAUCGGCAUGCAGUCAAGAAAAGUCAAUUGCAUCAAUAUGAAUACGAACGCGACAGUCAGUUCAAGGCUUUGUGCACAAGCCAAGAAACCUGCAACAGCACGAAGAUGCAACAAAGGAUCAUGUGAGACGUAYUGGUUUAGAGCGUCAAGGUGGUCAAAGUGUUCUGCGGAGUGCGGCGAAGGCAAACAGCAUCGUCUCGUGUUCUGUGGUCGUGGAAGUGGCGCGUCGUUACCUCAAAGUCAUUGCAAAGCUAAGAAACCUACAGAAUCGAGGGCUUGUAACCAAGGUAAAUGUCAAGCAACRUGGAUGACGUCAGAAUGGAGCGAGUGUUCACUCGAAUGCGGCAAGGGCGUACAAACGAGGUCCGUGUUCUGCGCUGGUAAAGUAGGAGGAAUGUACCAACAAUAUCCUAUGGAUGCUUGUCCACGAAAGAACAAACCGCAAACUACAAGAUCCUGUGGAAAUGAAAAUUGCCCGCCCCAGUGGUACACUUCGGGCUGGAAGAAG